AUGGCCGAUGAGGGCGCGUCACCCCGCGAGUUGAUCGUGGAAGCCUGCCGGCGGGACCAACCCCACCUUAUUGAACAAGUCCUGGAUGAUAUGGAAGAACAAAGCAAUGAGCAAGUGGCACAAUUCUUCAACGACGUGACAGACUCCAUGGGAAACCACGCACUACAUAUCUGCGCUCAGUAUGGCAGCUAUGACACCAUGGAUGCAUUGUUUGACAUCCAGUUUUUCGAAUGCGAUCCGCUGACCCGCCUGGACAAGGACACGCCACUGCAUGUUGCAGUGCGGUUCGCCAACGAGAAAGACGCGGAGCUGGGUGAGGCCAUGAUCAAAAUGAUGUGUGAGGCCGGCUGUGACCCCCGUGUGCGCAACCAGCAUGGCCAGAAGCCUGUGGAGUUGGUAUUCAACAACAAUGGUAUUGUGAAAGAACUCCAGCAGGCGGAGUACAUCAUGGCCGAGGGGAUGCGCGAGGACUUGGAAGAACUCGACUCGGACGGUGGUGACGCCAGUGAUAGCGGAUAA